CUCCUCUUUAGUCUCCUCUAGUCUCCUCUAGUCUCCUCUAGUCUCCUCUAGUCUUCUUUAGUCCCUUCUUGGUCUCUUCCUUUAAAUCUACGAAGCAGAUAAUCUUUCAUUAUCACAUACAUAUAUUCACAAUCCACCUUUUCUCCACGCCAAAAAUUAAAAUAAAAUACCAACACCUUCGUCGCCUUUUCGACCUUCCUCCUUCACUUCUUUCCACUCCACUCCACUCCACAUAUACAUAUAACAUAUAAAGGCCCGCUCUUCAAACAAGCCCUUGUUUGAUUCUAACCGGUUUUCUGAACUGCAUGUUCCUUCUGCAAUUACCAGGUUUAAAAUCCUUGACUCCAUCUUUUUAACGCUUGCUCUACAUCUAUCCAUCCAUCCUACUUCAAAUACCACCCGUCUACUACCGCACUACCACUCCUAUCCUACGACUAAGCACACUUCGACCAGCCUUGCACGAGCUUUUGCUUCCAGAAUAAUGGGUUUGUCCGAACUUGUGGUCACAGCAUGAGCCACACUUUCAAUUUUCCAUUACCGACAGGAUUCUUUGAUACCAAUAUACCUAUCACAUCUCAACUCCCAAUUCGGGUCCUCCUCGUGUCAUUGUUACAUUGUACUUCCUCACUCUACUCACGAUUCAUUCCAAUCACCGUUCCUGCCUUUCCAAUUAAGCCUGGCGGUACUUCGCUGCGACUGCCGUUUUUGAAAACAGCUCAACUACCCUUACUCGAGGUCAGCUGAAUUGGUUCAGUAUCGAAGCAAUUACAGCAUCCUGAUAUAUUUGACACAAACCGUGUCUGUGCCACAUUGCUACCUUUAAGGGAAGGAUCUAUACCGCCCUUGUACAAAUCUUAGAGACCAACCAUAUACCCUCGUCUAUUCCCAAGCUUGAGUAUACACCCUCAAGAAUGAUAUUCUCCCAACCGCCCACCUCACCUUUCCACGAACUGGUAAACACAACCAAGGAUUGCUCCCCCCUUCACAACACUUCUGAGCAGCGAGUAAACGUUUUGCGCGAGAGAAGUGACAAUAAUACUUCACUAUCACGGUCCCCUGUUUCUGAACUCAAAGGACCUUUCGACCACGGAAGGAGAGGUGACAUGUACCAACCAGCCCAUAGUGCAGCUCCUCGAGAGCAACUCCCAUCAAUAACCAGUCUUUUUGGCGGCGCACCACCUCCAAGUAGACCUGCGCAAUCACCAUACUCUGAGAGACAGAGUCCAAUCUUUCCAUCUUCAUCCCCUCAAGAUGGCCGUCUACCUACUACACCUUUACAUCAAGACCGCCCAUUUGAUGCAAACUUUCAGCGUUCAGCACCACGACAGUAUACACACGCCUCUCGACCAGAUUCGCUCGAUAGGCUAGGUUAUCCUGCUCCAUCUACCCGUCCCAACGUGGGAUCUAUGCCCGAAUCUCCUCGAUACGCACCCCAAUACUCGAAUCAUGACCCACGACAAGGUCAAAUGCCUUCGGGCAACAACUGGUCACCUCACUCCGAAUCUCCUCGACAAGAUCAGUUUCCAGCUUUGAGAGCUCAUCCUGAUCAAUACCGACACCAACAUCAAGUCUCUAGAUCUGAACACGAGACAAGACAGUUCUACCGUGAUCAUGCCCCCGCUCAACGAAACUACCUUCCCACACCUGCCGGUACUGUAAUGGGCGAGCCUGUGACGGUCAAGGAUGGUCUGGGACCCAAGAUCUGGACAGGAACUCAAUUUUUACCUCGUUUCGUCAGACAAGCCGACGUUGCGGGUGAAGGGAUGUGCUAUUUCUACGACGAUGGAACUCACUGCAAGACAGUCAUUGAUGGGGAAAAUGUAAAUGCUCAUUGGGGAGUCACCAAAGCGGGGAAGCCAAGAAAGAGACUUGCAAUUGCGUGCAUCACUUGUAGGGAGAAGAAGAUUAAAUGCGAUCCAGACUACCCUAGGUGUGUGCAAUGCGACAAGUUUGGCAGGGUGUGCAAGUUCAAGAAUGCUCCCCGAGGAGGUCACAACUCCCCAGAUACGCCUCCAGCUGACUCGGAAGAUAGCCUACCUAGGCCAGGUUCUUCUUUGACUGACGGUGAAUCUUUCAGAGUCGAGGAACGUGAAGGGAGCCAUUCAGUCUCGCCGCGACAAAACUUACGCCGAGCAAGCCCGGAAGUAGAGCAGCACACCAAGAGACAGCGCAACGGCUAUAAUGAUUACACUCCGGUAGCAUCAGAAGCUUCACCACGACUUUCUGUUCAAGACGCAACAUCCCCAAGAGCUGCGUGGGCUGAGCCAGAGAGUAAUCGAUUAAGUGAUCAUACCUUACAGACAGAGUGGCAAAAUGACCCGUUCCACUCUGCAAACACAGAUCUCGCCAACGAGCUCUUGACUGUUUUCUUCAAACAUGUUCCAGAGACAGCCUAUUUCAUGUUCCCAAAAAAUCAAUUCAAAAUCUGGGCUCGUUCUACCAAGGAUAAGUCCUUAAAUGACCUCACGCUCAUUUAUUCCAUACUUGCCCUUGGAGCCGUAUUCUCACCUCGAUCUCAACACAAGCAUCUGGCUGCACGAUAUGCUGAAGUCGCCAGAUAUGCAUGCGACCGGCGCCACAUCGGUAUUCAAUUAGUUCAGGCUCGUUUGUUGUUGGCUUUAUACUAUUUUGCAAUCAACAACCCCAACGAUUCAUGGGAUUUCUGUGGGUCCGCUGUGAGGGCUGCCACUGGCUUGAAGUUGAAUAUAGAGAUAGAGAAGAGUGACGAUGCUUACCGCAAGAGUUUUCCCUUCGGGCUCAACUUCAGCGGAUACGCGGAGUGCAGAAGACGCACCUUUUGGAGUUGUUAUCUUAUGGAUAGAUUCAAUGGAUUCGGCUCUGGGCAUCUGAGCAUGAUUGACCCAAAACACGUAUACCUUCGCCUACCUUGCGAUGAGGAGAGCUUCGAAAACCAAGUCAAUGUUCAAAAUCCUCUUUUUGAGGUUUCAAACCCGCGAUCCCUAGACUAUCCACGGACUUUGAACUUAAUGGCAUACGUAAUAAACGUGGCAACGAUUUGGGGUGAUGUUAUGUCCAACAUAUACAGCAAUUCACAACGACCACAACCAAUAAGGAGCUCUGAUUUCAAUGAGUUCUAUCGAUCUACCAUGGAUCGUCUCUCAAGUUGGAAAAGCACACUGCCAAACCGCUUUGCUAUCCCAGCGGAAUCAAUGGGAAGAAUGUCCGAUGGUGGAGAACUGGGCACCUACAUAACGAUGCAUGCACUGUAUCACACAACAUUCAUGAAGCUCCAUCGAUAUGUUCAACCUUACAACCUUGACGAGUCACAGCAUUCUCGUUACAUUUCUAUAGCCGAGGAGCAAGCGAAGAAGUUUUUGAAAAUCAUGGAUAUUGUAGCUAAUCGUCGUGAAUCUACCGGCAUGAGAUCGCCAAGCUCAAAUACUUCCAUCGAAUUCUCCUCACCCUUUGUGGGAUAUGCUAUUCUCUCUGCAGUCGACAUUCUCUCGGCUAAAACACAUAAAGCUUCAAUACUCUCCAUCAUCGACUCCUUCUCUGGUGCACGAUCAGUUAUUGCCGAGAUUGCACAGUUUUGGCAGAUGGCAAGGAUACAGGAAGCACUCAUCUCGGGACGCGUGGGUGACUUGAUUGAAAUCGAUCGCAGGAGCUGGUCGGCUUCUGCCAAACAAUCAAGCGCUGGAUUUUUUCAGAUGAGUGAACCAUUGGAGAAAACUUUCUCUCGUGAAAACGAUGGCAUUUAUUCAAAAGUAUAAAUGCAUUUUAAGGGUUGUUCUUGUACAUUAUUACAUUUUUAUUAUAUUGAUGACGGGUCCUCUAGAGGAGAAUGGAAUGAUACCAAGAGGCGUUUGGGAUUGCUAUGCAUUUGCAUUUUGCAUUUUGGAUGAUUAUGAGAGCAUCUUGCAUAGCGAGGCAGCGGCAUAGGUAUGGAAUACAGUACAUACCGGAUUCUUAGUUCUCAAUCAAUUUACAUCAAUGACAUUUUAUUUAUCACCUUGGAAAUCUGUUUUAUUUUGUUCCAAUAGUCAAACUAUGGAUUGUGUAUACAUAAACUACAAACAUGUUCUACAUUUACCAGCUCUUCAACAUGACCACUGUGACAAACUGACAACACAUUGUACCCUGCACUAACACGCCUCAACAUCUAGGAACUCAUCUUCACCACUACAAGUAAUAGUCUCACAGAGCAUCUGAUCCCUCCACCACCGCCUCAAACACCUUCACUCCCUUCUUCAAACAUUUAACCGUCCAAACCCGAGCACACCCCCAUCCUUCUCCAACUCAAUCUGUUCAAAAUCGACGAUCUUUCAAUGUGGAGAGCCAACUUCCCUAGCACCCCACAAACCCACAAAUCACCUAGACUAUCUACACCACUAUAGGCACCACUGCCACACCACUACGUCCGUACAUCGAGUUUCACAACC